AUAUUGAAGAAAAAGAAGAACCCUAAUUCGCGGACUAAAGGGGAAAGGGGUUUUAGCUUUUGGCAACUUCGAGUGGAGAAAUUCAUAAGCCGGCAAUGGGGAAAGAGGAAGAGCUUUGGGACGAUUCUGCCCUCAUCAAAGCUUUCGACCACGCUAUUACCAAAUAUAAGGUGAUGCAUGGAAUGAGUGGGUCGACCACGGAAGGGAAGAGCAUGAGUCAUGCAGACGAAAGUUUAUCAGCUGCUGAAGCUGAUAAUGGAAGCAAUGAGUUUGGCCCCCACGCUGUACAUGUACAGGAUGUUGGAGAGACUGCUAACCUUUUACAAGUCAAGGAAAAUUCUCCUUUGGAGUUGGGUUCUUCUGCAAAAUGUGCAGGUUCUUCCAAUAUUCAAAAUGAUACCCAUGGACUGAUCAAUGAAAAGCAUGCUGCAAAAGCAGGCUCCCCAGGGGAUUGUGUGAUCUCAUCUAAUGUACAAAGUCAUAAUCAGGCAACAUGGUAUUCAAAUGGUCCAGAAGAAUACAGCCAGUUGUUGAACAAAUAUUAUGAGCUUGAGGGUCAGCGACAGCAGAUACUCCAGCAACUCAACCAAUACAGCAAUUGGAAUUAUCAACACCCUAUUCCCAAUGCAUCUACUUCUGAAGAGUAUCAAGCAUCUGAUCCUCAACAUUUUGACACUGUUACCUGUUACUGUCCAUAUGGCUGCCAAAAUUGGGUUGUUCCAUGCAAUUCAUUACCUGCUUCUUGUUCAGGUGGUGCUUGUAAUGAUAAAAGCUGUGAUGCUAUACCAGAAGGUUCUCAAAAUAGGAAUUCUAUGUCUCCACAAGAUUCUGAUUAUGUUAAGACAGCAAUGGUUGCUGCUGAAAAAGCAUUGUCUUCUUUAAAGGAAGCAAAUGGAGUGAAGGACAAACCACUUGGAAUGGAGAUGGGCCACUCUGCUGAAAGCAACAAGUCCACUACAGAUCUUGAUGUGGUUCUGAAUGCUUGGUAUUGUGCAGGCUUUUAUACCGGAAAGUAUCUUUCUGAGCAGUCUUUCGAAAAGAGAAAGCACUCUCACUGCUCUUGAGCCUUCAAUAAUCAGCAGGCAUGCCAUCAUCUUGGGGGAAAAAUUUGUUAAUAUAGUAGCUAUCACAAGUGUUCACCCAUUGAAGAGCUUGGUAUUUUCAGUCAAGGAAAUACAAUUCGGUCGGCGGCUAUGAUAUCAAGAUAAGAAUAUGCGAUUCUCAUUGAUUUGCCAUUCUACAUUGUCUUUGCAGUCCUAUCAUUUUGGAAAAUUUUAGAGAAUCAACACACUACUGUAAGUAUUCGGUAUGGUGUUUGUUAUAUUGACAUACACUCUGUCUGAGGGGAAAUGUUGGUACCUUGCUGCUAGUCCUUGUAGUUCAGUUGGUGAUGUGGUUUCAGGAAAACCAUGAAACUCUAAAGAUACGAGCAUUGUUUGGUUAAAAUUUUCUUUAUUGCUGAUGCAACUCCAAACUUCAUCCAGAAAA